ACCAUGGCUCGUACGAAGCAGACAGCCUGCAAAUCAACUGUUGGUAAAGCACCCAGGAAGCAACUGGCUACAAAAGCUGCUCGCAAGAGUGCACCCUCUACCGGAGGGGUGAAAAAACCUCAUCGUUACACGCCUGGUACUGUGGCACUCCGGGAAAUCAGACGUUACCAGAAGUCCACUGAACUUCUGAUUCGCAAACUUCCCUUUCAACGUCUGGUGCAAGAAAUUGCUCAGGACUUCAAAACAGAUGUGCGUUUCCAGAGUGCAGCUAUCGGUGCUUUGCAGGAGGCAAGUGAGGCCUAUCUGGCUGCCCUUUUUGAAGACACCAACCUGUGUGCUAUCCAUGCCAAACGUGUAACAAUUAUGCCAAAAGACAUCCAGCUAGCACGCCACAUACGUGGAGAAUGUGCUUAAGAAUCCGCUAUGAUGGGAAACAUUUCAUUCUUUAAAAAAAAAGAAAAAUUCUCUUCUUCCUCUUAUUGGUAGUUCUGAAUGUUAGAUUUUUUUUUUUUACAUGGGGUCAAAAUGUACCUAAGUAUAUGAUUACGCAUGGAAAAAUAGGGGACAGAAAUCAGGUAUUGGCAGUUUUCCCAUUUUCAUUUGUGUGUGAAUUUUUAAUAUAAAUAU